AUGUCGGCGAAGAUCCAGAAGGUGCUCGCGCGGCAAAAGGCCAAGAUCGAAGAGGGAGAGUACUACGAGGCACACCAACAGCUGCGGACGAUCGCCAACCGAAAUGUCAAGUCUAAUGAUUGGGAGUCGGCGAUCGAUCUGCUCUCGAAUGGCGCCGCCUUACUGCUGAAAGCCGGACAAGGCGGCUCCGGGGCAGACCUGUGUAACUACCUUGUCGAAGUCUACCAGAAAGCCGAACUGAAACCCGACGUGACGAACAAGGCACGAAUUCUAGGACUACUACGGGCUUUCCCACCCAACGAACCGGGCAAGAAGAAGUUCGUGAGCGGCAUCAUUGAGUGGUCAAGCAAAUAUGGCGAGUUCCCGGCCGGUGACCCAGAGCUGCACCACGUUAUCGGCUCGCUGUUCGCAGAAGAGGGUGAGGUCUACGAUGCAGAACGACACUUGGCGUUGGGCACCUCGGACUCAGCGCAGAUCAUGGCGGACAUGGAGUACGAAUGGUACGCUUCCGAUGAGCCCUCCACCGCACCGAGCUACGCCGCACGAGCUGUGAUACCCUACCUUCUAGUCGGCAACACCCGCGCCGCCAACAAGUCAUUGCUACUCUUCACAAGCAAAUUGUCGACCUUACAUCCCGGCCUAGGCGUCCAAAGCAUAUCCUCACCCAGCUCCGAUAUCCGCAUCUACCCGAGCUUACCUCUUCUCAACUUCCUCGGUCUUCUCCUGCUCGCGGUGCAGAGAGGGACGUCUGACUUAUUCAAGCAGCUCAAGUCGCACUAUGCAUCCCACCUGAAGGAGGCCGCAUGGGAAGAGCCGCUUGCGCAAAUAGGCGAGAUGUACUUCGGCAUCAAGAUACCAUCUCAGAGUAAUCCUAUGUUUGACAUGAUGAGCAGCAUGCUCAUGGGUGGUAAUAACCCGUUUGCGCCGAAGAAGAAGGAGCAGAAAGCCGUAGGUGCGGCGGCGCCCGCUCCUGCCCCCGCACCGGCAGUCGAUUGA